AUGGCAGCCCCGUCCCUCUACCAGCUUCCGGAUGAGCUGAUUCUGGGCCCUGUUCUUCAGAAGUUUCCUUGCAGAGAACGGCAGAUACGAUCACUAGCCACACUUCUCACUCCUUCCGCGGCCCCCUGCCGGAAUCUUACUGUGCACGGCGUCGAAGCGACUGGAAAAACCGCCGUGAUAACCUCACUCCUUCGAAAUAUUGCCCGGCAUGUGUCAACUUUCCGAUACAGCGUCGUCCACGCCGACCAAUGCAUCACUGCCAGGCACCUAUUCGAGUCAAUCGUCUCUGCCGUAUCCGAAUCCCUCGAUGCUUCUAGCAACAGACAGCGCACCCGGUGCGAGACAUUGGCUCAAUUGGAUGUCGAGCUGUGCCAGUCUCUCAAGUAUGAAACCAAGGAGACUGAUUUUCGGUUCGUUCUAGUUCUCGAUGCACUUGACAGAGCCCGAGAUGCGCCUUCUACCUUGAUACCUGCCAUGGCAAGAUUAUCCGAAAUCAUUCCCUGCCUCACAGUAGUCUUCAUCAUGACUGGACCUCGCGCUGAUCACCUUCGCGCCCCUUCAUCCCCAAGCCUCCUUUUCCCGCCCUACGAGAAGACAGAACUCAUCCGUAUCCUCUCGCUUACACCGCCGCAACUCGCGGUUGCCAACACCACUUCACAAGACAUCGCCGAUCUAUGGCCGCGAUUCUGUGCCGCUGUCUACGACGCUCUUGUUCGGUCUGCCGCUCGAUCAUUGCCAGCCUUCCGGCGAGCCUGUGAUACCCUCUGGCCCCGAUUCGUGGACCCCGUUGAAAAAGGUCUCUAUAAACCCACAGAGUUUUCGAAAUUGCUCGUCGCAGGAAGAACCCAUUUUCAGGACGAGAGUGUCCUCAACCCUAGCAUCGUGUCGAGACGACCCGGGCAAGGUCCUAUCACGGGCAAGGCUGGAGCUGAUCUCCCCGCCCUCCUGCCCAGGACGGCCCGCAUUCUUCUUCUUUGCGCCUACCUGGCAUCACACAAUGCGACCCGGCACGACCAAGCCCUUUUCUCUACGCAUCAUUCUCUGGGCCGUAGGAAUCGUCGAGCCAAUGGAUCUUCGUCUAAACACCGUAAGAUUGCACGUAAACUUCUGGGAGCUCAUGUGUUUGUGCUCGAACGCAUGCUUGCUAUCUUCGCCGCUGUCCGAUUAGAAUGGAUCGAUCAUCCCACCUUGGGGAAAGGGGGCUUGGAUGGUGACGUGGGAAUGGCACUCUCUACCCUCACAAGCCUGAGACUGCUGCAUCGCGUUGGGACUGGAGGUGAUGUAAUGGAUAGAGGAGGAAAAUGGCGGAUAAAUGUUGGAUGGGAUGUAGUACGAGGCGUGGGCCGUAGUGUAGGGGUUGAGGUCGAAGAGUGGCUUAUUGACUGA